AUGGCGGCUUCUUCGCUCACACUCUUCUGUCUCUUCCUCUCUCUAUCCUCCUCUCCAUCUUCUUCCCUUAAUAUUCUCCGCCGUACAAUCUCGUCACAAUCCAACGGCCUCGAUCUCCUCUCCUUCUCGUACACCACUUUGUCUUCUCUAGAUCUCGACCGUCCAUCUCUCGCCGCCGACGACAUCCACGAUCUUCUCCCACUCUACGGAUUCCCGAAAGGUCUUCUCCCCGAUAACGUCAAAUCUUACACCGUCUCCGACGACGGAGCUUUCACAGUCGACCUAAUUUCAAGCUGCUACGUCAAUUUCCCCGGUCAACUCGUUUUCUACGACAAGAAAAUCUCCGGAAAACUCAGUUACGGAUCUGCCAAAGACGUCCAAGGAAUCAAAGCUAAAGAAUUUUUCAUUUGGGCACCAAUCACCGCCAUGGACUCGGAUCCAGCCUCCGGAACGAUUGUCUUCUCCGUCGGAUUCGUGUCCAAGACUUUACCGGCUUCGAUGUUCGACAAUGUUCCGUCUUGCUCCAGAAAGCCAAGUCUUCUUGAAUCUGCCUGA